UCGUGUCAAAUAUGGCAUAUGAUUGACUUGAGCUUCUGUACACAGUUGUUGUGCUUAAUAAGUGACGAGAACAUCACGUCUUGCGAUUGUAUAUUGAUUCAUCGUUGUGCAGAGAUGAGCGCAGGUGUCUUCUGGUUAUCUGCCCUGGUGGCAUGUUCUCUGCCAUAUGGAGGCUUUUCUGACCCGAUAAAGCCACCUACUACUAGAGGAAUCAGCCUUGGUGGAAUAGUCAACUUGUUCAAGCACCACCAUUCGUCCUCGGCUCCAUCUCAACAGGUGAAACCUGUGCACUACUCGCAGAUCGGAAGUGACUCUAGUGGUGUAGAGUACCAAGGAUGGCCUUAUGAGGAUGUAAAGUUCAAUCACCCUAUCCAGUCUCCCAUCGACAUCAUCACUAGCCAAGCAGUGACGCUACCCUUGCCUGUGCUAGACAUUGUGGAGCCAAAACAGCCUAAAGUUAAAAGUCUUGUGUACAACAAUGGACACAAUGUCUACGUAUACAUUGAAGAGGACCCAUCUGUUAGACCGUAUCUAAUAGGAGGACCACUCAAGCAGAAAUUCAUUUUUCAGCAGAUGCAUUUCCAUUGGGGGGCCCAAGACAUUUGGGGGAGUGAGCAUCUUGUCGAUGGCAACAGCUACUCUGUGGAGAUCCACAUGGUUCACUUCAACGCAAAGUAUGCUAAUUUUGACGAGGCCGCUAACAAGCCUGAUGGUCUUGCAGUUCUUACCAUUUUUGCUGAGAGCCAGGACAAAGACAACAAGCUGCUAGAGCCUCUAUACAACUUGCUGCCUAAGCUGUCGGAACCCAAUAGCUCUCAGGAACUGUCUACCCCGUUGGUGAUGCAAUGGCCCACUAGCGCUCUAACUGACAAUGACGAGUACUACACAUACCCUGGAUCCCUCACCACAGAACCGUACUCGGAAAACGUAGUGUUCAUAGUGUUGCCCAAGCCGAUCAAGCUUUCUCAUAAACAGCUCGCUGCCUUCCGAGAAAUCCAUAGCGAGCACCAUGACAAGAUGUUGGCAAACAAGAGAGAUGUGCAGCCUGUCCAUCAACGGCCUAUUGUGCGCUCCGUGAGUGUCCGUGAAUACUUGUGAAGAAUCUUUAGUGGAGAAUAAAAUAUUCUGAAUCCUAUAAAACAA